CCACUCAUUAAAGCAUCAGCUAAUGAUCAUCUUGAAGUUGUUAAAUAUCUUAUCUCUGUUGGAGCUGAUAAAGAAGCAAAGGAUAAUAAUGGAUGGACUCCACUCAUUGAAGCAUCAUCUAAUGGUCAUCUUGAAGUUGUUAAAUAUCUUAUCUCUGUUGGAGCUGAUAAAGAAGCAAAGGAUAAUCAUGGAUAUACUCCACUCAUUAAAGCAUCAGCUAAUGAUCAUCUUGAAGUUGUUAAAUAUCUUAUCUCUGUUGGAGCUGAUAAAGAAGCAAAGGAUAAUAAUGGAUGGACUCCACUCAUUGAAGCAUCAUCUAAUGGUCAUCUUGAAGUUGUUAAAUAUCUUAUCUCUGUUGGAGCUGAUAAAGAAGCAAAGGAUAAUCAUGGAUAUACUCCACUCAUUUGUGCAUCAAGAAAUGGUCAUCUUGAAGUUGUUAAUUAUCUUAUCUCUGUUGGAGCUGAUAAAGAAGCAAAGGAUAAUCAUGGAUAUACUCCACUCAUUUGGGCAUCACAACAAGGUAAUCUUGAAGUUGUUAAAUAUCUUAUCUCUGUUGGAGCUGAUAAAGAAGCAAAGGAUAAUACUGGAUCUACUCCACUCAUUUGGGCAUCAAGAGAAGGUAAUCUUGAAGUUGUUAAAUAUCUUAUCUCUGUUGGAGCUAAUAAAGAAGCAAACUCGUAUGAUGGAACUCCGCUCAUUUAUGCAUCAAGAGAAGGUCAUCUUGAAGUUGUUAAAUAUCUUAUCUCUGUUGGAGCUAAUAAAGAAGCAAAGAAUAAUCCUGGAUCUACUCCAUUCAUUUCUGCAUCAAGAAAUGGUCAUCUUGAAGUUGUUAAAUAUCUUAUCUCUGUUGGAGCUAAUAAAGAAGCAAAGGAUAAUACUGGAUAUACUCCACUCUUUUGUGCAUCAGAAAAAGGUAAACUUGAAGUUGUUAAAUAUCUUAUCUCUGUUGGAGCUGAUAAAGAAGCAAAGGAUACUCAUGGAUAUACUCCACUCAUUUGGGCAUCACAACAAGGUAAUCUUGAAGUUGUUAAAUAUCUUAUCUCUGUUGGAGCUGAUAAAGAAGCAAAGGAUAAUACUGGAUCUACUCCACUCAUUUGGGCAUCAAGAGAAGGUCAUCUUGAAGUUGUUAAAUAUCUUAUCUCUGUUGGAGCUAAUAAAGAAGCAAAGAAUAAUCCUGGAUAUACUCCACUCUUUUGUGCAUCAAGAAAUGGUCAUCUUGAAGUUGUUAAUUAUCUUAUCUCUGUUGGAGCUGAUAAAGAAGCAAAGGAUAAUCAUGGAUAUACUCCACUCUUUUGUGCAUCAGAAAAAGGUAAACUUGAAGUUGUUAAAUAUCUUAUCUCUGUUGGAGCUGAUAAAGAAGCAAAGGAUAAUACUGGAUCUACUCCAUUCAUUUCUGCAUCAGAAAAUGGUCAUCUUGAAGUUGUUAAAUAUCUUAUCUCUGUUGGAGCUAAUAAAGAAGCAAAGAAUAAUGAUGGAUAUACUCCACUCAUUAAAGCAUCAGCUAAUGAUCAUCUUGAAGUUGUUAAAUAUCUUAUCUCUGUUGGAGCUGAUAAAGAAGCAAAGGAUAAUAAUGGAUGGACUCCACUCAUUGAAGCAUCAUCUAAUGGUCAUCUUGAAGUUGUUAAAUAUCUUAUCUCUGUUGGAGCUGAUAAAGAAGCAAAGGAUAAUCAUGGAUAUACUCCACUCAUUAAAGCAUCAGCUAAUGAUCAUCUUGAAGUUGUUAAAUAUCUUAUCUCUGUUGGAGCUGAUAAAGAAGCAAAGGAUAAUAAUGGAUGGACUCCACUCAUUGAAGCAUCAUCUAAUGGUCAUCUUGAAGUUGUUAAAUAUCUUAUCUCUGUUGGAGCUGAUAAAGAAGCAAAGGAUAAUCAUGGAUAUACUCCACUCAUUUGUGCAUCAAGAAAUGGUCAUCUUGAAGUUGUUAAUUAUCUUAUCUCUGUUGGAGCUGAUAAAGAAGCAAAGGAUAAUCAUGGAUAUACUCCACUCAUUUGGGCAUCACAACAAGGUAAUCUUGAAGUUGUUAAUUAUCUUAUCUCUGUUGGAGCUGAUAAAGAAGCAAAGGAUAAUACUGGAUCUACUCCACUCAUUUUUGCAUCAGAAAAUGAUCAUCUUGAAAUUGUUAAAUAUCUUAUCUCUGUUGGAGCUGAUAAAGAAGCAAAGAAUAAUAAUGGAUGGACUGCUCUUGAUGUUGCAAGAGGUUCUGUGAAAGAAUACUUUUUGGAAGACAAAACAGAAUAA